AUGUGUUCUUUCGAGAAUAUGGACUUGUCUGACGACUCGUGCUACUCCACGUCUUCAUCUGCUUCUUCUCCAUCUUCGUUGACGUCUUCUGAAGAAUGUGCAGUCUGUGGAAACGAUGUAGUAAAUAGCAGUCGAUACGGAGCACCUGGCUGUCUCGGAUGCAUCGUUUUCUUUAGAAGAGCAAUCGUGAGAAAUGCAGUUUAUAAAUGUUUGAGAGAUGGGAAUUGCAAUAUCACCAAUGAAUACCGCUGUGCCUGCCGAUACUGUAGACUUCAGAAGUGUUUUACAGUUGGAAUGAGACCGGAAGCUAUCCAACGUCGUGAUCUGGUGGGACCUCGCAGUCCAAUCGAUAUCAAGGCUAACAUCAGAAAUUUGAUAGAUGUUCCAGGGAAUACAGAAAUUACACUUGAUGAAACAAAAGAUGUUCUUCUGGAAAAUUUGGUUCAUCUUCAACGUGAGCAAUCUUCAAAAGCUAUCCAACACUUUGCCGAUCACAAUAUUUUAUGUGAUUCUGAAUCGAGUUCCCGCCGCGCGGAGUCCCACGAUGUCAAUAUUAUGCUGAAACUUUGCAUAAACCAAGCAUCCGAAUGGGGACGACAGCUGAAACCUUUCAAACGACUAUCGAUUGAUUUGAAGCAAAGUAUUCUCGCAGAAUACGGAUUCGCUUUUCUUCUAGUCGACCAGGGAUUCAAAACAGCAAAAGAAGCGAAAGAUGGAUUUUGGCUCCUCCAGAAUAACACUUUUAUGCAUCCAAAUUACUUUUUGGGAUUGUCAGAGAACCACGAGAUGGAGGACACAACAAAUAAGAAAGCCGAGUAUCACGAGAAAUUUGUAUCCGAACUCCUCAAUAGUGUGGCUCGUCCAUUCAGAGAGCUGGAAAUUGAUGAAAUUGAGUGCGCCGCCUUGAAGACAGUUCUUCUCUUGACUCCUUCAUUCUCCAUACGUGCAGUAUACGCUGGUCAAGAAGGAAACGUGGCAUCGGUUCAUACUCAGUGUAUGGAAGAACUCAUGGAGCAUUCUCUGAACAAGUUCCCGGAUAGAGGGGAAGAGAGAUUCGGAGAAAUUAUUCUUUUGAUGAGUUCGAUUCGAUGUGGCAUUAAGGAAAUUUACAAUCAAACUCGGGUCUCUGAUGUUUACAAUUUUACUGAAUUCGAUAAUGUUGUCAAAGAUAUUUUGUUGUCUUGA